UGCAGAGAAACAGAAACGACCCAAACAGAAAACAAGAUGGCAUCACACCCAGGAGGAGGCGAUCAAGGGAAUUCCGGAGAUCAGAUACUGGAAGUCGGAACUAUUUUGUUACAGGAUUUCAUCUAUGAGCGAGUCCAGAGGCAAGAAGCUGGCAAUAAUAUAGUGUUGAGAGAACAGCUUGGUGGAAGCCAGCUGACUGACCCAAAACAUAAGAAGCUUGCUCAGCACCUGCAUCAGAUUCACGAUGAGUUGGAUGGAAAUGUAGCGCUCCAAAGAAUGAUAAAUGACUCUUCACUUUGUCCCACAAGAGAGGUUUUUAUGAGAGUGGCCUAUGAGAUCUUUUCAGAUGGAAUAUUUAACUGGGGCAGAGUGGUUGCCCUGUUCUACUUUGCAUGCCGACUCGUUAUCAAAGCUCUUGUAACUCAGAUUCCUGAUAUUAUCAGAACCAUUAUCAGUUGGACCAUAGACUAUCUCCGCGAACAUGUGAUCAACUGGAUCAGGGAGCAAGGUGGCUGGGAGGGUAUUCGCUCCUACUUCGGCACACCCACAUGGCAGACGGUCGGGGUUUUCUUGGCAGGAUUUCUUACCGCUGUUCUUGUCAUGCGCAAGAUGUGAGGGAAGCAUGAAGAGCAGAGAGGAGAAAGACAGCAAGAUUUGGAGUUAAGGGAAAUGGGCACAAGGGGAAGAAGAAUGCAGAAAGAAACACACUGACUCAAAUUAAUUGUUCUUCAUUUCUGCCUCUUAUUCAUGUGUAAGAAUUGGGAGUUGGACUAAUAGCGCUGUUGCACUCAAGAUGCCUAUGCCACUGGGGAAGUGAGCUGUGCAGGAUUACGUGCACAAAAUUGAAGGAUGGAGAGCUUGUCAAAACUUGAACAAGGAAUGCAUUUUAAUUUAUUUAUUUUUUUACUUUGUACACAAGUCACUACAUUCUGUUUACUAUCUGAAAUGAUAUUGUGAGAAAUAUUGUUUUUUUUUUUCUUGGUUUUUUAGUUGUUUUUUUUUAGUUUGUCCACAGAAAUUGCCUUUCUGCUCUUCCCACUCUCUCCAUCCAUUUUACAUCUGUAUGCUAGCCAAUCCACAUUCUCAUGUAUAUGUUCUGCUGGCACUGAACGUGUAAGAGGGUGGUCAUAUUCCAUGGAGUUAAAGAGAUAUUUUUGCGGAAAUAUUUAGAAAACGGUAUAUAUUAAGAGAACUCUGAUAAACGUUUGGGUUUAAUUAAACCCCAGUUCAUUUCUCUUCUUCCAAUAGAUGUGACACCCAAUUCUUCUGUAUAAAGUUAUGUUUAUCAUGAAUCAUGAAAUCGUUGGAAAAAAACGUCUGAAAAGAUAGUAAAAGAACUGCAAUCUUGUGUAAUAUACAAUCAAGGUGUUUGGGGGCAUUUUGACCAGCAUUCUGACCUUAACGUGACACUCAAUAAUUCUGUUACUUCUCGGUGUUCUUUUGGUCUACUAAAAGUUUGACGCUGCAGACACAGAAAGCAAUGGAUUGCUCACAUAUUCUUACCUCACUUUACACAUAUUCAAAGUACUGUAUUUUGUACGUGAGUUAUUCAAACUGCAACUUUGUCUAUACAGCAAAAGGCUUUUUAUACAUUCUUCUUGUUUGUCAGUGCCUUGGUGGUUUUUCUUUCCUUUUUUAACUGAAAUCAUUUUGAUAUUCUCAAGUUUUCACCUUUUCUAUAUCAUAUUUCCUUCAAGUCUCCCUUGAAAUCUUUUUGCAGUGACUUUGUAUGCUGUAAUAUUAAAAAUAAAUCUUUUAACUCUUAAC